UCCCAUACCUUAACAUAAACUUCUCUUAAGACCCAGGUUUGAUUCCCACAUGGUCGCACUGUGUAGAGCUCAUUUCUGGGGUACCUCGCCGUGAUAUACCUGGAGUGUUGCUGAAAUUGGCGUGAAAGCAUACCCACGUACUUAUAGUUGAGGUACUAGUCUCAACCCCGGAGAUAUAGUCACCGGAGGAAGACAUCGCCAGCAGCUUGAGGAACGCGCAGUAUCUAACCAACACAAACAAGAUCUGUGAAAACCGGAAUACCUGCAUAUUGCAAGAUGUGUAAGAGUACACUCCUCACUGUGUUGGUGAUUCAGCUUGUCUGCUGUGGAACCAGUGUGAAGGUCUGCGAUGAAUCAAGAUGUCCUUUGUGUAAAAGUGGCACAUGCGAGGAGUGUUUGUAUGGGUACUGGGGGUCCCAGUGUGAACACGCCUGUAUCAGCUGCUGGUUGGGGGGCUGCCAUAAACAGACAGGGCGGUGUCAUCAGUGUGUUCCUGGACGAUACACCGAGGGUUGUGACACACUCUGCCCCAGUACCUGCCGUCUUAGCUACGACAACGUGAGGUACUGUCAACGGACCAGCGGCAAGUGUCUGGAAGGAUGUGCUGAAGGGUGGUGGGGGACCACGUGUAACGAAACGUGUGGUCAAGGAUGUAAGGAGAAGGCUUGUUACCAGGAGGACGGUGUCUGCAUAUCUGAUUGUAUGGAAGGGUGGCAUGGACGAAAAUGUGAUAAACAUAACUGUCUGAACAGACACGUGUCUGGCCGGUGCAUUGACGGCUGCAAGGAUGGUUGGACAGGUGAAGUCUGCAGCGAAAGAUGUGGCGCGGACUGCAUGAAAUGCCAUCAAUACUCAGCAUCGUGCCUCAUGUGCAAAGCAGGACUUUACGGCCCCGACUGUCAGUCUGAGUGUUCAGUGAACUGCGUGAAUAUUACAUGUAACAUGGCAGGACAGUGUGAAAAUGGUUGCAUGAGAGGAUUCCACGGCAAGAAAUGCGAGAUGACAUGUCCGUACAGAUGUCUUGACUGUGACCAGACUUCGGGCAACUGCAGAAUGUGCGAGAAGGGAUGGACGGGCCUCCAGUGUCUCGAUCAGCUGGUCUCUUAUGCUACCAACCAACCAAAUACACCAGAUUUAACGAGUGGCUGCAACCAAAUGGCUGAGGUUAAAUUAACAACAUUUGCAAUGAUGAUGUUAGCAGUUCUCAUCACAUGAGCAACGUACUUGAACGUUAAAAGUUACCAGUGUAUUAGCAUUUUAAGCGAUGUUAUAAAUUACAUGGUACAAAAUACAUAUCAUGGGUUUUAUUUCUUAACAAUAACCAUGCAAAUUGAUGUAAUUUGCCUUGCCAGUGGCACAAAUUUAACCUAUAUCCCCUUUUUAGAUAUCCAUGAGAAAGCGACCAUGAGUUCGACUACAAUCGCCAUUGAUUUGCACAAAAUGAUACCUGGCUGAGAUUAUCGUGAGAAUCAAAUGAACAUGCUUGACAAAAUGACGUUCAAGAAAGGGCAUAUUUAACGUGAAUAAUUUGUAUUACAUUUGAAGAAUGCCUUUAUUAUGUUCAACUGUGUGAUUCAAAUCCACCCAUUGGCAACUCGAAGAACGCCUCGCGUCAGAAAAUGAAAUUUCCGUACGACCAAUAAUUUGAGAGAAUUGUAGUAUGAUCAUGCCUACAUUUUACUGCUAAGUAAAAUGCUAAAAAAGAACAAUGUUAGACGUUAAUUAACAGUGUAUAUAGUCGUUGUAAAGCAAAUGCCACUAAGUAAUCCCCGAUUGUUUUAUAUUGUGCUCUUGUUUUAGUGAUUGUACAGUUACCUCCCGAUUGCAUGUCUUGAAUAUUGAUACAGUAAAGUCAUGACAUUGUUUGUUCUGAUUCGUUACUCGCUAUAUACUGUUACAUUUGUCACAUCCUGCCUUGUUUUGUUUACUCUUUGAAUUUUGCUGGAUGCUAUUGUGCUUUGGUUCAAUUUUCUUUUGAAGAAUGUGCCGUUACCUAAUUAAUGUCACCUCACAAAUGUAUCCCUUCGAUAGGAAUCUUUUUAGAUCGCAUCAUAUGUAUCCAUUUUGACUUUUUGUCUAUUACUGAAACA